AUGAUUAAAUUAUCCCAUUAAUACAAUUUUAACAAAGUAUACCAAAGACUAUACAAAAAUGCAAUUUCAUAUUAAUUCUUAAAGUUAAUCGAAUAAUUAACAAUAUGGAAGUAAAUUUUAAUCUUGAAUAUAUGUUUUAAAAAAUCCAUUUCAUAAAUAGAAUCUCUGAAGAUUUUUUGGUUUCUUCAUAUUGAUAAUUAAUUAAGAUGUUUCAUUUUCAAAUUUAUAGCAGGUUUAAAUCCUCAUUUAACAAUGUUGAUAUUUUAUAAGAAAACAUAAAUUUUUUAGAGAUAUUUGUAUUAGUUUAUAAAAAUCAAUAACAAGGAUAUUAAUAAUGAAGGUAGAAAUUAGAUUUGUUAAAUAUUUAAUAAUUAUCAAAAGAAUUUAGUCUUUAUUAUUGAAGAGUUUUAUAUAUGGAUUUAUCAAUUAUUUUGA